UCCAUGAAGCUAUCACUUGAGCGGUGCCGGCAGGAGCAGACAAUUUUUUUGGGCUCCCUGGGAUGAUUGCGAUCGAUGGUUAAAGAUAAUAAAUGGGAUAGCUUAGGACUGACCGCAGGGGAUCAGGCGGAUUUACGCUUUAUUCUGCUCUGGACCUUGAGUUUCAGUAUUCUUUAAAACACCAGUCGUAUAUUAACUACAUUUCCAACAUUUUGUUUUUCUUUCUAUUUUUUGUUCUAGAAUUAUUUAGACACGAUAGCUACUCACCUUGGUAAUUUGAUCUCCGUAUGCUGAUGCGUUAUGAAACCUUGAGCUAACGUUCAUUUGUGUUAGGUUCUAUGUCGAUCAUGAGUGAGAAAAUCACAUGUAAAUAAUGACACUAAACCUAGUCGCCUUCAGUACACUGUUGACGAUUUAUAUUUCCAUUUGUAUUGAGGUAUAUCUUCAGCUUGCAUGCUACGUUUAAAUAGUAUACAAGUUUUUAUACUAGUUUUAAAAUGACACAAAAGCAGUACUGAUAUCUAGUAAUUAAUAUAAACAUGCCCAAUUCACACAGUUCUUUGCUCAUUUUGGAAUACAAGAUUCCACCAACCAAGUAACUAUCAUAGAUAUUAAUUCAAUUCUAUUGGUUAACUUCUAAACUGGGUGAUUACUAAAACCUUGCCAGCAUUUCUUUUAAUUACACUUUUGUUUGCUUGUCUGUCUAUCAACUUGUAAUCUUAUUUUAUUAUUCGUCUGACCUAUCAACAUUCCAGAUACUCUGAUUACCACAUACGUUCAAGUAAACUGCACUUCAAUGCAGGUUAGAUCUGUCUAAUGCAAUUCUGGACUUAUUUCAUUACAUCACCAUUGCGUUAUUACAAUUCAAAUAAAAUCAUUGGAAACUAUCGUACCAGUGUUAUUUCACUUCUGAUAGUUGUUAGUGCAAAUCCCAGUAUUGUUUCAAGUCUACCACAAUUACGGAAAAGUCUAAUACUGUUGUUGAUUCAAUGCUAUCACUACUUUAGCCAAACGUACAAUCAAUUCCAUUCGGAUUCCAUUUAUUAGUGUACACGUUAAUAGGUUUAAUUAUUUAAAUAUACAUUUAGUGGUGCUAUUCAAAUUAUCAUUCAAUCUAUAUGUAAUCGAUUGCUGACCUUAAGCAUAUGAACACGACGUUGAACUGCCACACAAGGAACACUAGGCUGAUCUUCCUGGUGCCAUCACGGCACAUAUAUACAAAUUUUGUAAGUAGGAAAACUAAAUUAUUGGUAGAGAAGAGUAUUCAUCUAAAAAUACUCUACUAUAAUUGUGGAUGAUUGUGUAAUCCCCAUAGAAACACAAUUUACGUCUGACCAUCAAAAUUUCAAUAAAGUGUUGCAGAAUUAAAGAAUGGAUAUUAUGCUAGCACAUAAGAUCAUAACUCCGCCUGUAGCUCUUCCAGAGUUACUGCCGGUCCCAAGCCCGGGUAAAGGAGGAGGGUUGGGCAUGGGGUUAGCGUCCCCAUCCCGUAGAAACCUAACUCGCUAAAAAAAACGCUAACCAGAAAAAAUAACUCAAACCAUUUAAACUCUGCCCUGGGAGUUAGAGGUAAUAUGACGCUUCAUGGUGAAAGCCGAGUUCCUUCGGAAGCCACGAGGCCGAUGCCCCUCCUAACAACCAGAGCAACAAUUUUUAUAGGUACAUGGAACGUCCGGACAAUGUGGGAGACCGGGAAGACCAGUCAAAUAGCAACGGAAAUGAGGAGAUACAACUUGGCAGUACUGGGAAUCAGUGAAACCCAUUGGACCCAAGCUGGACAACAAAGGCUAAAUACGGGAGAGAUGCUGCUAUACUCCGGUCACGAAGAGGAAAAUGCUCCACACACUCAGGGAGUUGCUCUAAUGCUAUCCAGAGUAGCACGAAAUGCACUUGUAGGAUGGGAAUCUCACGGAUCCAGAAUCAUCAAAGCAUCAUUCAAAACAAAGAAGGAGGGGAUCACAAUGAACAUUAUCCAAUGUUAUGCACCCACCAAUGAUAGCAACGACGUCGUUAAGGAUCAAUUCUAUGAGAGGCUGCAAUCAAUCAUAGAGAAGUGCCCGAGAGAGGACCUCACCAUUCUGAUGGCAGAUCUAAACGCCAAAGUCGGAAUGGACAACACCGGAUAUGAAGACAUCAUGGGACUACAUGGACUGGGAGAGAGAAACGAAAACGGGGAAAGAUUUGCAAAUCUGUGUGCAUUCAAUAAAUUGGUCAUAGGCGGUACAACAUUUCCACACAAACGUAUACACAAAGCUACAUGGAUCUCACCGGACCACACCACAGAGAACCAGAUAGAUCACAUUUGCAUCAAUAAAAAGUUCCGAAGGACAAUGGAAGAUGUGAAAACCAGGAGAGGAGCGGACAUAGCUUCAGAUCAUCACCUAGUUGUGGCCAAAUUGAAACUGAAGCUAAAGAAGAACUGGACAACUGGACAAACAGCAUCACAAAGGUUCAAUACAGCCUUCCUUCGAGAUACUGACAAACUCAAUGAAUUCAAGGUCGCGCUCAACAACAGGUUCCAAGCCUUACAGGAUCUACUGAAGGGAGAAGAAACUACUAUGGAGGAUAGCUGGAAAGGUAUCAAAGAAACAUUAACUUCAACGUGUCAAGAGGUUCUGGGCCCCAAAAAGCAUCAUCACAAGGAAUGGAUCUCUACAGAAACACUGGACAGGAUCAAAGAAAGAAAGAACAAGAAGACAGCAAUUAACAACAGUCGAACAAGAGCAGAGAAAGUCCAAGCACAAAUAGAGUACAUAGAAGCAAACAAGAAAGUGAAGAAGAGCAUUAGAGCUGAUAAGCAAAAAUACGUGGAAGAACUAGCAACGACGGCGGAAAAAGCUGCAAGAGAAGGAAAUAUGAGACAGCUUUACGAUACGACGAAGAAGCUUGCAGGGAAAUACAGUAAACCAGAGAGACCAGUCAAAGACAAAGAAGGAAGACCAAUCACUGAGAUUCAACAACAGCGCAACAGAUGGGCAGAGUACUUCGAGGAACUCCUGAACAGGCCGGCUCCAAUGAAUCCACCGGACAUAGAAGCAGCACACACAGAUCUUCCUAUAAAUGUCAACCCACCAACGACAGAAGAAAUCAGAAUGGCCGUCAGACAAAUCAAGAGCGGGAAAGCAGCAGGACCUGACAAUAUACUGGCUGAAGCGUUGAAGUCAGACAUCGAAGUAACUACAAGCAUGCUUCAUCUUCUAUUCAAGAAGAUUUGGGAGGAGGAACAAGUGCCGAUGGAUUGGAAAGAAGGACACCUCAUCAAGAUUCCAAAGAAAGGAGAUCUGAGCAAGUGUGAAAACUACAAAGUCAUUACACUACUGUCAAUACCGGGUAAAGUCUUCAACAGUGUGUUACUGAACAGGAUGAAAGACGCAGUUGACGUUCAACUUCGAGAUCAACAAGCUGGAUUCCGUAAGGACCGGUCGUGCACAGACCAGAUUGCGACACUACGGAUCAUCGUCGAACAAUCAAUUGAGUGGAACUCGUCACACUACAUCAACUUCAUUGAUUAUGAGAAGGCAUUUGACAGUGUAGAUAGGAGGACGUUAUGGAAACUUCUUCGACACCACGGAGUCCCUGAGAAGAUUGUCAACAUUAUCCGGAACUCAUACGACGGACUACAGUGCAAAGUAGUGCAUGGAGGACAGCUGACAGAUGCAUUCCAAGUAAGGACCGGAGUCAGACAAGGCUGUCUACUCUCUCCCUUCCUCUUUCUUCUAGUGGUCGACUGGAUUAUGAAGACCUCGACAUCUGAGGCAAAACACGGCAUACAAUGGACAGCUCAGAACCAAUUAGACAAUUUGGACUUUACAGAUGACCUAGCCCUCCUAUCGCAUACACACGAACAAAUGCAGAUAAAGACAGCCAGCAUAGCAGCAGUCUCUGCAUCAGUAGGCCUCAACAUACACAAAGGGAAAACCAAGGUCCUCAAGCACAACACGGAGAACAGCAAUCCAAUCACUCUUGAUGGCGAAACUCUGGAAGACGUGGAAUCCUUCACAUACCUGGGAAGCAUCGUCGAUAAACAAGGAGGUUCAGAUGCAGACGUCAAGGCGAGGAUUGGCAAAGCUAGAGCGGCAUUCCUUCAACUGAAGAACAUAUGGAACUCAAAACAACUUUCAACCAAUAUCAAAGUCAGAAUCUUCAAUACGAACGUCAAGGCAGUUCUACUGUACGGAGCUGAAACUUGGAGAACUACAACAACCACCAUCAAGAAGGUACAGGUAUUUAUUAAUAGCUGUCUACGCAUGAUACUCAACAUCCAUUGGCCGGAUACCAUCAGCAACAGCCUUUUGUGGGAGAGAACCAACCAGCUUCCAGCUGAAGAGGAAAUUAGGAAAAGACGAUGGAAAUGGAUAGGACAUACAUUGAGGAAAUCAUCAAACUGCAUUACGAGACAAGCGCUAACUUGGAAUCCUGAAGGGAAGCGGAAAAGAGGAAGGCCAAAGAACACAUUACGUCGGGAAAUAGAAGCAGAUAUGAAAAAGAUGAAUAAGAACUGGAAAGAGCUUGAAAGGAUUGCCCAGGACAGUGUUGGAUGGAGAAUGCUGGUGAGCGGCCUAUGCUCCUUCACGAGGAGUAACAGGCGUAAGUAAGUAAGUAACAUAAGAUCAUAACGCUGUUUGUUACAAAGAUAGUCAUUAAUCCACUCUAUCUAACUGUAUAAAAUGUAUGUGAACGUCUGCAACCGUGAGCCCUGGUGACACGGAUGAUACACAUUCACCCAGUAUUUUCUGUGCAGUACAUCCGGUCACAUAGACUGUAUUCAUAAUUAACCACGAAUAGAGGGUAUGACACCUUGUUGAAUGGAUUAAAUCAUCUGCAAAUACUAGGUUUGAAAAAAUAAAGAACAUGGGAUUAAUCAUACUGAAAAUUUAUUCCUAUUAUAACUAACCUUCUACAAAUACUUACAUUUUGAAACAGUUAGAUCGGUCAUAUUUGUUAUAGAAGUUUAAUCUCAUGAUGCUGUGAAUUUUGUUUAGGAAUCAAGUUACCGAUUAACGUAAAGCUCAACUAAGAUUAAUUUUCUCAAAACCUGACUAUUAAUCAGCAUAAAUAAAACAUGUAUUCAGACAUAGGUUGUGGUCCAUUUUCACUGCAUUAUAGAUCCUCAUCUUUGAUUUUUGUAUCCUUCAUAUCACUCGGUACAACUUAUCCGUCACAUAGACAAAUGAAGGACAGCUUUUAAUUCACUAAAAGCACUUAGUAGUAGACUAUAUUGAAAUACCUCAGGUUUUAAAAGUGACGACAGUGAACUUCGAACAGCUGCUACAGUAAUUACAACUAACCUCACCUAACUUGGCAGCUGUGGCGCGGGGAAGAUGCUUGGCUGACAAACAAAAAACGCGUAGGUUGCUCAACAGUCAGUUUUGUUCAAUUUUAUGACAGUGAAUCGUGGCCUUUGAGAUUAGAGGAUACUCGUAGGUUACUGGCAUUUGUUCAUAGGUGUCUUAGAAACAUUGCUAGGGUGAGCGAUGUUGUUAGAUGCAGUGUACUAGUUAAAGAUAGUGAAUCGAUUAUCGAAGUGAUUCUUCAUUGACUGAGUUGGUUAAGAUAUAUACUAGGUAUACCGAACCACCAUUUACCUCGACGGGAGAUAUUUCCUGGUGUGGAAGUAAAUUGAAGGAGGGCCAAAUCAAGAGGUGGCAUCAGUACAUGAAGUCGUUGAUUUUCGAGCUGAGCUAUGUACGUAAGUGUAGACCGUCUGAUUGGGGUUCGCGCGAUUAUCGACGUGGUGAUAUAGUUUAGGAUCGGUUGUAAUGACACAGAUACAUUGGUCCUGUCUUCCCUUAGAUCUUUAGUUUAAAAAUUUCAUGCUCUCAAUUCCGCGAAUUUGUUCAUUUCGAAUGGUAAUAUCUGCUCCUACCACGCUGGUAUUUUAUCGAAAUCCUGAACC